UGUAUGCAGAUACAGUCAUAAAGGUAAGAAAGCUUUUAUAGAACAAAUCCUUGGAAGUUUCUGUCCCGUGAUAUCCAUACCGAUCAUAUCAAAUGCCAAGAUCAAGGGGAUCAGAUGUGCCACAGAGGCAAUCUCCUAGAGGGUCACAUCAGCUUCGGACAUCAAGUGCUGACUCAGAUCCACAUCAGCAUCACCGGCCAAUCACAGAUCGAAGCCCAAAGCUAGUAGGAGACCGACGAUCUCCAAGAACUACACCUCAAUCGGACACAGUCAAUCAGAAGAAGCUAGGCACUCGCAUUGCUGACUUGGAAUCCCAACUUGGUCAAGCACAACAGGAAUUGAAGAGUCUAAAGGACCAGCUUGCUUCAGCUGAAGCCGCUAAGAAAGAAGCUCAACAAGAACUAGAGAAGAAGGUAGAGAAGCCUCCCUCUUCUAAGAAUGUCCUGGAAUCUGACAAAACUGAAAUCACAGUACCCCAAUAUGAUGAUAACAACCAAGAGACCGAUGUUUUUGAAGUCCCAGUAGAUAAAGAAGCUAAAUCAGUUGAAAAGUCUGCUCCUUUAGCAAUUUCGGAGCCGGAGAAGCCUUCCAUGGAGGAUCUGACACAGAAGAAAGAUGAGGUGAUAACAGAAUUGAAGUCCAAGAUGGAAGAGAAAGAGAAGGAGACAGACUCACUGAGUAAAGAAAAUGAGGAUCUGAAGAAUCAAUUGAAAGAAGCAACAUCCAAAGUAUCAGCUGCAGAAACCAUGGAAGAAGGAAUGAUCCUGAGAAUGAAGCAACUGGGGGAAGAAUUGGAAGCAAGUAAAGCGAAUGGAGAUAAGUUGAGUGAGAAAUUGAAGUGCGUGGAAGCAGAAAAAGAGGCAUUAGAGGCUGAGAUGAAGAAGCUGAGGGUUCAGACAGAGCAAUGGAGAAAAGCAGCAGAUGCUGCAGCUGCUGUUCUUGCGGGGGGCGUCGACAUGAAUCCUCGGAUUUCUGAAAGGUGUGGUUCUAUGGAUAAACAUUUUGGAGGCAUAUUUGAGACCCCUGGUGGUUACAAUAACAAUGGUCGAUUUAUUGGGUCGCCUGGUAUUGUUGAGGAUUUGGAUGAUGGGUUUGGAAGUAGCAAGAAGAAGGGCUCAGGGAUCAGAAUGUUUGGUGACUUGUGGAAGAAGAAAGGCCAAAAGUGAUCUUCCUUUCACUAUAUUUCAUUGGGAUUUUGAUCCUCCAACUUUCUUGAAAAGUUGUCAGUGUCAAUUUUAAAAGAGGUAGAGUGCAUGCUUG